AUGAUGACAUCGUCGCAGGUGUCCCAGCAAAUGCAGCUACCGCAGCAGAUGCCCCAACAGCCACAGGCGAUGCCACAGCACCAGCAAAUUCCGCAACAUCAGCAGCCUCCAAAACGCGCUACAUGGGAGUAUUACCAGCAGCAGCAACAGCAGCAACAGCAGAUGAAUUAUAUGCAAGUCCCCCCGAACAAUCAACCACCGCCAGCAAUGCAGCAGCAGCAGUCGCAGGCGCCGCAAUCAUCGAAGACCACCAACAAAAGGAAGCGUUCUAAUAAGGCGGCAUUUGAACCAGAGCUUCAAAUGCCUCAUUAUCCGCCACCGCCUCCAUAUGCUGCAUAUGGGCAGGAUCCAAUGAUGCGACCGCCAAAUAUGGGUAUGCCGCAGCAACAACAGCAACCGCAGCAAGCACCUCAUAUCCCGCAAGGAAAUCAAGUGCCACAAAUUCAAAUGCAACACGCAGCUAACGGCCAGCAACCGUUCAAUCAAGCAAAUCCAAAGUCGGAAUUCGUUCGCAUAGGACUCCGCAAUGCCCUUUAUGCCAAACAACAACAACAGCGCAAUUUUGAGCAACACAACCCACACCACACCCAACAACAACAACAACAACAACAACAAAAGCAGCAGCACGAACAGCAGGGAAUGCAACAAGUUGUUCCACAGCAACAACAGCAAGGGACUGCUCAACAACAGUAUCAGCAACAGCUUCUUCAACAGCAAAUGACGCAACAUUCUAUGCAGCCGCCACCACAACAUCAGAUGCAAGCACCACCACAACAUCAAAUGCAACCGCCUCCACAGCAUCAGAUUCAACCUUCUCCACAACAUCAAAUGGCUGCUCAACGCCAAAUGCCGCCGACUCCUCAACUCCAGAUGCCACAGGCACCGCAGCAUCAAAUGCCGCAAUCUCAGCAGCAUCCAAUUCAACAGCUGCAGCUGCAACAUCAGCAACAAAAGAAUUCCGCUGUUCCGCAGAAGCCUGAUCAGCAAAUGUCGCUGCAAAUUAACCCUAUGCACCAAAUAGGAGCACCUCAGCCACAACAGAAUCAAACCACACCAAUUUCGAGUGUUGCCAGCAAUAGCUCAACUUCAAGCAGCCUUGAUUUUGCCAAUGAUUUCAACUUCCCUGACUUGGACAACCCAGUUCCAGUCUCAUAUGCUGAAUUAGAGCAAAGCUUGGAACGAAUGGAAGUGAUGGACUUUCAACUUGCCGGACGCUGCGGAUUCGAUAUGGAAAAUGAGAGCACCCGUACUCUCGUAAUGCAACUUCUUAUGCUUAAAUAA